GGAGGAGGGACAGGCACAUAAAACAAAUAUUCGUACCACCCUCCCAUCCGCUCUUGCCCUCCCACGUUCAAGAGGUCAGGUAAAACCAAUUGAGCUGACAAUAGAAAAUAAACGCCGUCGUUUGUUUCUACUUUGACAAUUCCCAUUCCAUCUCCAUUGACCACCAAGACCAAGCAAGCACCUCCCAAUCAAGUCGAUCGAAUCCAUCGCCCAACCACAAUGGAGAACCCAGCACAGGACAUCAAACACGUCCUUCGCACCCUGACCCAGGGGAGCCCGGACGCCCAACACGACGUCAUCUAUCGCUACUUCGCUCCCGGUGCCGUUUUCGAGCACCCAUUCUGCUGGGUCCCGUCCUUCAAGAACGUGAAUGUGCCACGUGUCGGCAAGAUCGACUCCCGUGUACUUAUCGCUGCCAUUUACAGGUGGUACAAAAUACUGAGUCCCAAGAUUGAGUUUGAACUCGAAUCAUGCGUCUACGAUGAGCGCUGCAGCCUCCUCUACCUCACCAUCUUCCAGGUCUUCUCCCUCUGGUUCAUCCCCUUCCACCGCGCCCCGGUCCGCCUGGUCACAGUCCUGCACCUAACCCCCGCCCCCACGACCGGAGACGGCACCCCGCCUCCCCCAUACGAUGCCGCUCAGGAAAAGCGUCAAGCCGUCCUGGAAGGCACCGAGCCGAGCUACGCAGCCGUUAUUUCCGGCGGAGCCUCUGCCACGCCAGCCCACCAGCCGCCGCAGCAGCAAAAGAAGGGAGAAGACAACACAUCCCCGCCGGGCUCCAGCGCGGGCGGCAAGCCCAGCGCUUCCCGCCCUAGCUCCAGCUCCGGUUCCUCCUCCAGCCCCCGUCCGAAGCGGUACGUGAUCGCGAAGCAGCAGGACCUGUAUCAGGUGAACGAGUGUGUCAAGUUCGUCACCCUGACGUCCGUGGUUCCCAUCAUCGUCGGCUUCCUGCAGUUGCUAGCCACCGUGACCUGCUUAAUUGGUGCCACCACACUAGGCCCGGUGAUGAAAGCUGUCAGGCCGGCCGGGGGAAAGGAGAAGGCCUAGGGUGUUGGAUACCGUGAUUGCAGUGGGAGACCGAAAAAAAGGAACGGGGCGGGUAAAGGGCGUUUAUGGCAUGGUUUAAGGUCGGACUGGCGCUCUGUGGGGGUUUGUCUUCAGUAUUAUAUCGACUUAUGGUUGCUGCGGGCGCAUCCUUAGAUUGUUUGCGAAAACGAAAUCUCAUCACCAGAGGGAUGCAUAGCUAGCUAGGGACAUGGAGAGCGAAUACCGAGUCUUGCUCCCACAUGAACUUCAAGC